AUACGUUGUAUCGCAUAAUGGCUGCUAUAGUAUACAGAAUAUAAUUUAAAAGAAGUCAAUAAUAAAAAUCGUGCCUUUUGUUGAGAAAAGUGUAUUUAAAUCUUAAUUAUUGGUCCAGUGCAUAUAAAAAAGCAAAAUUAUUCAUUGUUUUUAUUUCUUCUGUUACGAUUUUUUUUUUUUAAACGAGAGAAAAAAUAACUCAAGCCUCCAACGAAUCUUCCAUAACAAAACCUGUCUACGUGUGUAUAUUAAAAUCUUAUCAGCUCUUUUUUAAUAAUUGAAAAUGUUAAUUAUUUGAUAGUUCAUGUUGAAAAAAAUUACAAGUGUUUUAAGUUUUAAUAAAAAUGGUGGAAAGUUAAUAGACGUGUGAUAAAUAUGCGUUUAUUAAUACUGCUUAUUUGUUGAAUAAUUUUAUCUUAUUAUAUGCGUGUCCAACACGUUAUAUAUAUAUACAUAUAUAUAGAUAUAUACUGCUCAUUAGAAAGUCUAUUUCUGAAGAAAUAAUCAUUUGAACAUGACUAUUACUCUAACUAAGCAUAGUUCUUCAAUUUUGGAAGAAGAUUUAGCAAUAAGUUCAUCGACAUUAGGUACAUCCGACAAGAGUUUAAGUGAUGAACCACAACAAACUUGCAACAAUACUGUAUUGGGAGAGAGAUUAGUUUAUGUGAAUGAAGAUGCGAUGGAUUGUUGUUAUGAUGAAUCGAAUACAAGUACAUCGGCGAAAUUGGAUGUAAUACAAGAAGUAUCAAGUCCAGAAAUGUUUAAUAGCGAUAGUGACGAUGAUGAUUUAGAUAAUUCAAAGACAUCAGCGAGUUUUAAAGGUGGAAGAAAUAAAUUAUUUUCCCUACCAACGACAAAUUCACCAAAACCAAAAACUCAACAAGAACUUGUUGUACAAUCUGAUAAUAAUCUUUUGAGUAGAAUAAAUCGUUAUCUCAGCGGUGUACCACCACCGCCAAAACAUACAAUUUGUCAAAGUGAUUGUAGUGAAUUUCUUGUAAAUAUUAAAAAAAAUGCUCAUCUCUUUUUGUGUAAUCCAUUAUUGGAAACGAAAGAAACAAAUUCACAAUUAAAAACAACAACACCGAAUGACGUAAAUAAAGAGGAAAAUUUAAUUAACACCAGUACAACAAGUAGUUUUCAAACUCGCGUAAAAAAUAGUUCGAGAAAUUUAAGUGGAGCUUUUGAUGCCUGUGAUUUAUCGAGAGAUUCAGAAACAAAAAGCGUUUCACACACUAUUAGUACAAAUUCUCCUGUUGAAAUUGAUUCAUCGUGCACUGAAUCAGUUGAUACAUCUUCCAUUUUCACUGAUAAAACAUCAAGUAUCUCGAUAGCAACGAGCACAUCGCAUAUUGUUCCCAAUGAAAAUUCUUUUACAACAUUAAAAACAUCCGAUCAAUCAUUGUUUAAUACUGUUAAUGUUAAUGUUGCUGCUUCAAUGACAUGGCCGGAAGCUUAUCAGCACAAGUGUUUUGGAAUACAUUACAAUAGAAAUAAACCGAUAGAAGAAUUUGAGAAAUUAUCAAUGAAAAUGUGUGAAAGAUACGUGGGCGCUGAAACUCAAUCAACCUGCAAUGUAUUUUUUACAAAACAAUGUCCAGGAAGUGCGAGAAAACGAAGUCUUCUAUCGAAACGUAACAAUGGUCAAAGUCCCGGUAAACGAUUGAGUUAUUUAACAAAAAGACGACGAACAUUUUCAAGCGCGAAUCUUCAAGGUCUUGGCGAAAAGAAACAAUUGGUGCUUAAUAUCAGGAAACCACUUCUUAAAAAAGGAAAAAGUCCCCGUGGCAAAGGAAAGAGUCCUAGAGGUAAAAGUCCAAGGGGUAAAAGUCCAAGAAGUUCGGCAAAAAAAAGGGCAGUACGACGAUUAUCAAUGGAUGGACCAACGCCGAGAAAAUCAAAAUUAGAAACAUCAAAACGUGCACUUUUUCAAAGUCCACCGACAAAUAAUGAUAAAGCUGGUCCAAGUAUAAGUGGUUUAAAUCCUCAGCGUAUUAAAAAAGCUCUCUUUCCAACGCCAACGAAAAAAGACAACGAAGACGGUGAGACAAUGAAAAAUGUUAACAAUUUAUGUGAUUCAAGAAAACGUAAAAAUGAUGAUGAAUUGGAGAAUCCACGUUUUAAAUGGGCAAAAAGUUUAUCGUUUGAUUGUACACGUGAUUUAGAUUCAAGAUCAUCAACAAAUACAUGGAAUCAACAGCGACAUUCAACUGGCAAUAUUGUAUCGAAAAAUGAAAAUUUACAAAAUUAUGUGAAAUCCGAACUCAGCACUAUACAUCGAAAGAAAUUAUUGUGGGCAGUCUCAGAAGCAUUGCGAAGUAAAGGAAUCACAAUGAGUCAUCCACAAUUCAAACAACAUGCCGCGACACUAGCACGAACUGUUAAAAAAUUAAUGCCUGAUUUGGAGAAUAAAAAUAUUCCACGAAAGCCAGGAAGUACAAGUGAUCGAAUGUUAAAAUUAGCAAAGCAACAAGUGCUUAAAAUUGAUACAAAAGCAACUGCUCAUUAAUUAAGUUUUGUUUUUUUGUUUGUUUGUUUUUUUUUUCAUUUAAAAAAAUAAAAUCUAGCAAUAAGUACUUUUUCAAAAAAAAAAAAAAAAACUAUUGUGAAUAGUGUUCCGCUAUAUAUAAUAAUGCUUUUCUUAAGUUAUUUAUAUAUAAAUAUAUAAAAAAAAAAUAAUAUAAAAAAUUUUGUCGCUGCGAUUUCCGCGACAAAAAAAAAUUUUUUUUUUUAUGGUGCUGCUUUCAUGUUCUCCAAUUGUAUAAGCAAAUGAAAGGGACAAUACUUUUUAAUAAGCCACAUUUUAUUAGCGAUAAAAUAGUUUAUUUUACAACUUAAACGUAUAAAUUAAUAAAAAGUUG